GCUACGUCGCCUAACUUGCUCCAACCUGUUGGCUAAAGUAUUUAAUUAAACCCUAAAAAAGGGUUUUUAUAGAGUCAAAAUCAGAACCAGUAUCAGUGCCAAAAUUCUAACAUGGCAAAGCGUGUCACUCUUCUCCCCCAACUCUCCUUCAGUUCCCAUAGGAAACUCAAAACUCCAUCCUCUCUCUCUACACUGUCUUCACCUGAGAAAAACCAAGCCAGAGAAACCCCGACAGCCAACACCAAUAGGAAAAAUGACAGCUUUAUUCAUAGCCAUGAAUGCCACAAACAUGUUCAACAGCUUUCAGCUUAUCUCCAACAGGGCCAAACGGAAGCUGCUCAAAAUCUCACAAAAUCUCUACUUCUUUCAAAAUCACCAUUCUCUUCACCGUCUGAUCUCUUCACUCUCUUCUCUGUUACCUCACCUUCCUUAAAACUCUUUUUUUCAAAUAUUCUCUUUUCUUUGUUAGCAGAGUCCAAAAUGCACAGUGAAGCCCUGGAGUUAUAUAAAGCUAUAAGGAAAGAAGGUAUGCAACCUUCUAUAACUUCUCUUAACUUGUUGCUUGACUCCUUGGUGUCUUUGAAUAAGUUUGAUAAAACCCUUAAUUUGUUUGAGGAAAUAAUAGAGUCUGGUUUUAGACCUAAUAAAUUUAUGUAUGGAAAAGCUGUUCAAGCUGCUGUAAAAUUAGGGGACUUGAAAAGAGCUUAUGAGUUUGUGGAUUCUAUGAGGAAAAAAGGGGUGAGUCCAAGUUUGUUUAUCUAUAAUGUUUUGAUUGGUGGGUUUUGUAAAGAGAAGAGAAUUAGGGAUGCAGAGAAAGCUUUUAAUGAGAUUCUUGAGAGAAAGUUGGUACCGAGUUUGGUUACAUAUAAUACUCUUAUUGAUGGCUAUUGUAAGGUUGGGGAGUUGGAAAAGGCCUUUGAUUUAAAAGAGACGAUGGUAAGGGAGAAUGUGGAGCCUAACCUUGUUACUUUCAAUACAUUGGUUAGUGGGCUUUGUCGUGCCCGUAGGAUGGAGGAGGCAAAAAGGGUUUUGAAGGAAAUGGAAGCACAAGGAUUUGCUCCUGAUGGGUAUACUUGUAGCAUACUUUUUGAUGGGUUUUUGAAGAGUGGGAAUGUUGAAAGUGCAUUGGCUUUGUAUGAAGAAAUGAGUGGGAAAGGAGUUGGGAUCAAUAGAUAUACAUUAAGCAAUUGGUUAAAUCAUUUGUGCAAGGAAGGGAAUUUUGACAAAGCAGAAGAGGUUUUGCAGAAAGAAAUCGGAAAAGGGUUUGUUCCGAAUGAGGUAGUAUAUAAUACCAUUGUGAAUGGAUAUUGUCGAAUUGGUGAUAUGAAUAGAGCCAUUUCAACAGUUGAGCAUAUGGAAAAGUUGGGAUUGAGGCCUGAUUGUGUUACAUUCAAUACUUUGAUUGGCAAAUUUUUUGAAAUGAAAGAGAUGGAGAAUGCUGAAGAAUGGGUAAAAAAGAUGAGAGAGAAGGGUGUUUUGCCCAAUGUCGAGACAUAUAACAUCCUAAUUAAUGGUUAUGGCAAAAUGUACCUAUUGGAUAGAUGUUUUGCUAUUAUAGAAGAAAUGGAAAAGGGUGGGAUUAAGCCAAAUGUUCUAAGUUAUGGUUCCCUCAUAAAUUGUUUAUGCAAGGAUGGUAUGCUUCUCGAAGCUGAAAUAACCUUCAGGGAUAUGUUAAGUAGAGGGGUGUUGCCUAAUGUACUAAUAUAUAACACCCUCAUUGCUGGUAGUUGUGCAGCAGGAAAGUUGAACGAUGCUUUCAGUUACUUUGAUGAAAUGGUGAAGGGUGAAACAAGACCAACAAUUGUAACAUACAACACGCUCAUUAAUGGGCUAUGCAAAAGGGGAAGAGUAACUGAAGCUGAAGAUUUGCUUCCCCAAAUUACAAGUAGUGGGUGUAAUCCUGAUGUCGUCACCUACAACACCUUAAUCUCAGGGUAUUCUAAUGCGGGAAAUGCCCAGAAAUGUCUGGAAUUGUAUGAAAACUUGAAGAGUUUGGGCAUCAAGCCUACUUUAAAUACCUAUCAUCCUCUCAUUAGUGGAUGCUGUAAGGAAGGAAUAGAGCUUGCAGAGAGAUUGUUUCAUGAAAUGGCACAGAUGCAUUUAACUCCUGAUCUACUUGUAUAUAAUGUACUGAUUCACUUGUAUGCAGAGCAUGGAGAUGUUCAGAAUGCAUUUUCUUUAUAUCAUGAGAUGGUAGACCGAGGAAUUUGUCCUGACAAAAUGACCUACAAUAGCUUGAUUCUGGGGCACUUCAGAAGGGGAAACUUGUCAGAAAUAAAGAAUCUUGUUGGUGAUAUGAAGGCCAAGGGAUUGGUUCCUAAAGCUGAUACCUAUAACCUUCUGAUUAGGGGAUAUUGUGAACAGAAGGAUUUCAUCGGAGCAUACGUUUGGUAUCGAGAAAUGUUUGAGAAUCAUUUCCUUCCACGUUUCACUACUUGUAAGGAACUUGUGACUGGCCUUAGAGAGCAGGGAAGCUUGCAAGAGGCCCAGAUUAUCUGCUCAGAAAUGAAGGCUAAAGGAAUGGAUAAUUGGAGCUCUGCUGAAGACCUAUCGGCUGUUGCCAAUACGUAAUUGAGGAUGGAUACCUGGUUUAGACCAGGCUCUCUGUAGAGCAAUGUAUUGACAAUUAAUGAGACAGGAAUGCUGGCUAAUCGGCCUGCAAAAGUCAUUGCAUCGGAGGAGCACUGAACAAGUGAAGGUUGAGAAGGAUGACCGUGUUCUAGUUAUUAAUCAUUGAGAAUAUUCUGCUAUGCAAUAUUUCCUGUGUAUAAGCUUCUAGCCUGAUAAUUGAUAUUCAAAGAAAGGUGAAGAUGUUUCAUAUGUAUAGUUAAUCUCUUCCAACCUAUGAGCUUCGUCUGCCUCUAAUAUGAGAGUGUUAUGGUAACAUGUUUAUUAGAAAUAUCAAAGCACAUGUAACAAAGAAACAAUAUAUCAUAUCGAGUUAUUACGACAAUUUCUCUGUAUGACGAUUUUUGUUCUUGGA